AUGGCGCCACUCCAAGCGGUCACGCCUCGCAAGUCUUCGUGCAGGCUCCAUUCCCUUGCCAAGCAACUCCCAGCCGUAAGCUCUUUUUGCUGUAUAAUUCAUUUUGAAAAUGAAUUAUACCGCAAAAAGAGCUUACGCAAAUGGACCUUCGAUGAGAUAGCUGCCACUCUGCAAGAACUGUUUCCUUAUCUGCAGGAUGUUGGAGGUUGGGGACACCACGCCCGUUACAUCUCUCCAGUCACCACACCACCACGGACCCUCGAGUGUACGCAGCCCAGUGUCCGUCUGUGUCUUGUCGUGGGCGUGACGUUCAGCAGCGGCAGGAACAGCAACGGGAACCUUGAUCUGCGUCAGUUUUCGUGCGGCGGGGUGACGUGCCGCUGCUGUGAGGUUAUCGGACCACACCACACCACACCACAGCACAGCACAGAGGAAGGAGAGGCGUUGAAGAUCCAAAGGCCUGACUCCACAGCGGUAAUGAGCCUCGUCUACCUUGCACUUAACGGACAACGCUCACUACCAACGCCUCUGCCUCCGCCACCGCCGCUGCCGCCGUUGAGGGAGACUGGCUGGAUGAGUGGGUGAUAGAGGCGAGGCAGGUGUGGUGAGGCGGAGGAUUGGAGACGAGAACCUACAGAUGACGGCAGACACGGAAGAUUCCACUAACCAGGUAGAUGAAUGUGUCAAGAUUGGUUGUGUGGGUGUGAGGAUCGGGUGUGGGGGAAGUUUGAGGGGGUUUGACGUGGUGUGGUUUCCUGAGACUGGCGUGGGAGAUGUGAGAAUGAAGGGAUGGGAGUGUCAGGAUGAAGGGCCAGGAUGCUACGUCACACGGGAGACGCUGGGAGGAGAACGAGGGAGAAGGGUGUAACUGGAGUGUAAGUGGAAUAACGAUCGAGGAGGGCGAGUGAGAGGCUGACUGAGGCAGUGAAGUGUGUAUUGUAGGACAGUGUGGCGUGGUACAUAUGGAGAUAAUCAGUUAAUUUUUCUCCA